UACUAAGAACUGUGUCAAAUGAAAAAUUCACUAAGAAAAAAAAGUGUUAACACCACACCAAUAAUAAAAGGAAAAGAAGGAAGCUCUAGGCACGCACGGUUCCCCAUUCACCUUCUUUCAUCUUCUUUUAGAUCUAGAGAUUUGUUUCUUUCUAGUUUGUUUGUAAGAUCUUUCUAGUUUCUAGUUUUUUCGUAAGAUCUUUCGAGUCCUUAAACAGCUUCUCAAGAUAAAUCCUCAUCGUCUCAGCCUAGUUCAAACGCCGGAAUCCACUACAAUGAAUCUACUGGCUUUCGUCAUCGGUGAUAAAGGGGUUGGUAAAUCAUCAUUGGUAACGAAGUUUGCCGAUGAUAAUAGCCCAAGGGCUACGUAUGACAGGAUUUCUUUGGAGCAUAAGAUAGAAAUUGACAUUGAUGGUCGAAAAUGGAUGUUGAAGAUAAUAAGAGGUAACAAGACUUGGAACUGUAAUAAUAAAUAUUAUUAUCAAGUGGCUUGUUGUGUUCUCGUCUAUGAUGUCUACAACAGGACAUCGUUUGACAAUCUCACAAAGCAUAUUGACGACUUCGUUGCCUUGGCUCAUCCAAAAGCGUAUAAAUUUAAGUUUGUUGUCUUGGGGAACAAGAUUGACAUGAGACGUGAACGAGCAGUUCAUAAAGAAGAAGCAUUGCAAUGGUGUUAUCAUAACAGAGAUGCUCUUUACUUCGAAACAUCUGCCAUAGAAGGAGAUAACGUGGCCGCCGCCUUUGAUCAAAUAGCAAGGUGUGCCACCGAUUACAUCCCUCAUUUAGUAGGCGGACAACUCUACAAUUUGCAGGACAUUGUUGAUCAACAUAACGAUUUGAUUGGAUUGUUCUAUGAAUCCCGAGGACGAUGGUUAGAGGCAUCUGAUGUUUAUUUGAUUGAAGAUCACAUAAAUAUUUUAUUACAAUAUCUGACAGAACUCCCUUACUCACCGACGCCGGGGCUUUUCCUUACGAGGACAGGUUACACUGACGUUUCUAGAACCGUGUGGAUGGACUCAGUGUUUACUCAAUUGCAUCCUGUAGAUUCUGAUGAUGAAAGAGCUCCUGUGAAAAUAAGCUAUGCAUGUUGUCGCAUGGAUGGAAAGACGAUGUGUCGGUACAUAUACUUUCUCCCACUACUUAAAGACCUGUGUCUCGUCCACUACAUGUUCCGUCAAGUCGUCAAUGACAAUGACAAUGACAAUGAAUGAAGAAAGAAGUGCAUGGUGGAAUCCUGCAUGGUGAUAUUUGGGUUUGGAGAGAGAAUUUAAGUUAAUUGGUCAAGAUAUUUGAGGUUGUUCGGUUGAUACUUUAAUUUUAUUUUAAAAAAAGAUUGAUGAUUUGAUGAGAUAUUAUUAUUAUUAUUAUUAAAGUA